CCUCAAUGUCGCAUUGAAAUAUGACAAACUUCAAAGUCAUAGAAAUGAGGCAGGUUUAAGAAACGAAGCAAUAACAAUGAGUAAAAUCCAGACAGCCUGAGGGGGUUUAAGAAAACAAAACCAAACUAGAAAACUAUUUUUACGUACAAUUUAUAUUAAUCCCGUCAGGAUUUAAGAGUUCUUUUAUGGCAACAUUAAGAAAAAAAGCAUGAUACACCCACUACCACGACAAGUAUAAAUAAGUUGCGCAGUCAAACAGAAGCUUCAUCGGGUCUCAAGUGCUUGGAUCUCACGUAUCACACAAUGUCUUGUCAAUGGAAAAGUGGAUCUGUCCGAACCUCAGUUGGGGGCAGCAUCGGUAGCCACAGAGUCAGCUCUUUGGCUUUUGACUUGUCUAAAGGAUCUGAGUACUUUACAAUUGGAAACGUCAGUGUAAAUGAUGGCAUUCUUCAUGGAGGAGAGAAGGAGACCAUGCAGAACCUCAAUGUCCGACUGGCUUCCUACUUGGACAAAGUCAAGGCCCUGGAAAAUGCUAAUGCUGACCUGGAAUCCAAGAUCAAAGAGUGGUACCUGAAGCACCAGCAGCAGACAAAUGUGGUGGAUUACAGCAAAUACUUUGCUAUCAUUGAAGACCUUAAAAAAAGGAUCUUAGCAGAAAGCACUGAAAAUGCCAGAACUGUCCUUCAGAUUGACAAUGCCAAGCUGGCAGCAGAUGACUUCAGAAUGAAGUACGAGAAUGAGGCCACUAUUUAUCAGACCGUGGAAUCCGAUAUCUGUGGUCUAAGAAGACUUUUAGAUGACUUGAACUUUUCUAAAGCCAACAUUGUAGCUCAGCUCGAAAGCUUGAAGGAAGAGAUUGAGUGUUUGAAGAAGAACCAUGAGGAGGAAAUGAAGGCUUUGAGAGGACAAAAGGGGGAUAUCAAUGUGGAAAUGGAUGCAGCUCCAGGAACAGAUCUUAGCAAGCUCCUGAACGACAUGAGAACUCAAUAUGAAGAAAUCUCCGAGCAGAACCGAAAGAAGGCCGAACAGUGGUUCCACGAAAAGAGUGCCGAACUGAACAAAGAGAUCUCCCACAGCAGCGAAAUGGUCGAGUCCCACAAAUCCGAAGUCGCAGAACUCAGACGUACAGUCCAAGAGCUGGAUAUUGAGCUUCAAGCGCAAUUCGCAUUGAAAUCAUCCCUUGAGCACUCACUGGCUGAGACAGAGUGUUCAUACAGUAAACAGUUGGCCCAUCUUCAGGGUUAUGUAGCAAACAUUGAAGAACAGUUGAGUCAGGUCCGCAGCGAUCUGGAACGUCAGAAUGCCGAAUACGCACUUCUUCUAGACAUCAAGACCCGACUGGAAAAGGAGAUUGAGACCUACCGUAGACUACUUGAGGGAGACACAUGGCAAUACAAAGAACCAGCCCCUGUAAAAGAACCAAACAAAACCAGGAAAGUCACAACUAUCGUAGAAGAAGUAAUCAAUGGCAAGGUGGUGUCCCAUAAAAUAAAUGCAACGGAAGAGAAGCUGUAGAGAACAAAUAGACAGUCUAUGCCAGUCUUUUCUAUUGACCCUAUGAUCUGCACAUGCUUUUGUAACACAGUUAAUCCAAGCAACGGGGAACUGGGUGCAUCUAUAGUCUAUUAAUACUCAAUAAAUGUUAUA